GAGUGUGUGUGUGUGUGUGUGUGUGUGUGUGUGUGUGUGUGUGUGUGUGUGUGUGUGUGAGAGAGAGAGAGAGAGAGAGAGAGAGAGAGAGAGAGAGAGAGACAGACCCCGGGAUGGCGGAUGAAACUCUGACGCUGUUAAUCAAGCUGCUCGCUGCGGUUUUUUACGGCGUGAGUUCUUUCCUCAUAGUUGUGAUAAACAAAAGCGUGCUGACCAACUACAGGUUUCCUUCAUCGUUAUGUCUCGGCAUCGGGCAGAUGUUGGCCACAGUGUUGGUGCUGUGGACCGGAAAAGCUCUGCGGGUGAUCACCUUCCCUGGGUGGGAGCUCAACAUCAUCAGCAAAACCUUUCCUUUACCUCUUCUAUACGUAGGCAAUCAAGUAACCGGACUGUUUGGAACAAAAAGGCUAAAUUUGCCGAUGUUUACGGUGUUGAGGAGGUUCUCCAUUCUGUUCACGAUGCUCGCUGAGGGAUUCUUGUUAAAGAAGACAUUCUCAUGGCCAGUUCAGCUCACUGUCUUCACAAUGAUCUUUGGGGCUUUUGUGGCUGCAAGUGCCGACCUGUCCUUUGACCUACAGGGCUAUGUAUUCAUCUUAAUGAACGACGUCUUGACAGCUGCUAACGGAGCCUUUGUCAAACAGAAGUUGGAUUCUAAAGAGCUGGGAAAGUAUGGUCUACUCUAUUACAACGCUUUAUUUAUGAUCCUGCCUACACUCCUUUUGGCACAUGUCACUGGAGACAUGGACAAGGCCAUGGAUUAUGAGGGGUGGUCAGAUACACUCUUUGUGGCACAGUUCGUUAUGUCCUGCAUAAUGGGAUUUAUCUUGAUGUACUCCACCGUGCUCUGCACUCAGUACAACUCGGCAUUAACGACUACCAUCGUCGGCUGCCUCAAAAAUAUAUUAGUGACUUAUAUCGGAAUGGUGUUUGGAGGGGAUUAUAUUUUCUCCUGGACUAACUUCAUAGGUCUGAACAUCAGUAUCGCUGGUAGUCUGGUGUACUCUUACAUAACGUUCAGUGAGGAGCAGAGCAGCAAACAGGGCGAGAGCAUCAACAAGCUGGAGGUGAAGGGGAAAGUGGCGGUAUGAGCAGAGCUUCUGCUCAAGGCUUCGAGGAAAACGUAUCAUUUAGUGUUUUAACACAAAGCGACUCCGAACGUAAAGAGCAGAACACCUCAGGACCGAUGUACAAACAUCAUCAGCGAGCCGAGCAAGAAAAGACACAUCAAGGUGCCAAGUGUGGGACACAGUCAUUGCAAAAGAAAGAAAACAUUGGACACGUCAGUUAUUUAUCAUCCAACGAUAUCUCUAUAGAGUUUAAAAAGAAAAAAGAAAACCUAUGUUUAAAGGACACUUAGACUGUAUUUUGAAAGAAUAGUUUAUUAUUAUUAUUAUUAUUAUUAUUAUUAUUAUUAUUAUUAUUAUUAUUAUUAUUAUUUUCUUUUUUAGGUACGAUCAACUUGAAUUUAUAUUUUCUUAUAAAACGAAAAGAUAUGAUUCAUCAUUUAUAGCAGUAUUAUGCCAUUUUUGGUUUUGUUUCCAGGAAUGUGCCAUAUUUUAUUUUAGUAUUUUAUGUUUUUUCGAAGGCUUAUGAUGUUACAUUUUAUAUUGUUUUAUUUUUUUUCUCAGUAUUAGAAAUGGCUGUGUAGACACCCCCCCCCCCCUAGGAUCAUGUAGUAACUUGUUUUUAUUUUAUUUUUUUGUACUCUGCUGUGCUGUUAUCUUCUAAAGUGAACAAUGCAAUACUUGCACUUUAAACAGGUCACAGGUACUUUUUUUUUAUUUCAUUAUGAACAACGAGGAAACGUUUACGGUAGGUUAGUGAAAAAACUUAACUCAAAUUUACAUUUUUUUUUAUAACUGCAUUUGGGUGACGAGAGGGGGGAAAUAGAAAAGAUGUACGUCAUAUAUGUACAUCAGAGUUAAUAUCCUUGGUACUUUUAACCGAGUCAAAAUGUGAAGACGAAUUCAGUCAGUGCUAUCUAGAUGUUAUACAUCUGGACUCCUCAGUAAUUUGGCUGGAUCCAGUCUGUAUAUAUUUUUACCUGCAUGUAAGACACAUAAAACACUUAAAUAUAAAUCCCUUAUCAUACGGUUGAAAUGUUUCCCUCUUCAGAUCAAUGAUCAUCUUUCAAGCUUAAGGAGGUUAAAGCUAUAGAUGUAUUUGUUCAUUUUCUGUUCCUUUUUAGUCAUGGUUCUUUUUUCAGGACAUACAGAGCACUGACCGCAUUGAAACAUGGACACGGCUUGUAUUUACUUUGUGAUUGUAUAGUUUUUUUUUUACUGCUUUUUCCCCCUUUCAUAUGAACAAGAGCUCAGUGACUGUAGCAGUGGAAAUCCGAGCUUGCAUGUAUGUUAUUAAAAUACCUCAGUUUUCCA